CUCGGGCACUCCCGCUCACUCUCUCUCUGUCACAGUAUGAGGAUCAGCCUCAGAAGCCGACUCAUGAUCAGUUCAAGCAGAAACCACCGGAGGAGUAUCGGGUGUCUCCGUAUCAAAAUUCUACCAAGAAGCAUUCCCAUGGACGCCUUCAGAAUAUGCAGCACCAGAUAGCCCAUAAGAAGGAUCCGUAUGAGGAUCAUCCUCAGAAGCCGUGUCAAGAUCAGCUCAGGCAGCAACCACCGGAGGAGCAUCUGGUGUCUCCGUACCACAAUUCUACAGAGAACCAUUCGCAUGGAAGCUCUCAGAAUAUGCAGCAGUCUGCACAACAGUCAUCUGAAGAGCAGCCUCCUAAAAAUCUUGACAACAUGAUGCAGAAAAAUCUGCAAACGGAAUACCAGAAAGCCCCUAAGAAGGAGCUGUAUGAGUAUCACCCUCAGAAGCCGACUCAUGAUCAGUUCAAGCAGAAACCACCGGAGGAGUAUAGGGUGCCUCCGUAUCAAAAUUCUACCAAGAAGCAUUCGCAUGGACGCCUUCAGAAUAUGCAGCACUCUUCAAAAAAGCUAUAUGAUGAGCAGCCUCCUAAAAAUCCUGAAAAGAUGAUGCAGCAAUGUCGGCAGACGGAAUACCUGAUAGCCCCUAAGAAGGAUCCGUAUGAGGAUCAUCCUCAGAAGCCAUUUCAAGAUCAGCUCAGGCAGCAACCACCGGAGGAGCAUUUGGUGUCUCCGUACCACAAUUCUACAGAGAAGCAUUUGCAUGCAAGCCCUCAGAAUAUGCAGCAGUCUGCACAACAGUCAUCUGAUGAGCAGCCUCCUAAAAAUCCUGAAUACCUGGAAGCCCCUAAGAAGGAGCCGUAUGAGGAUCAUGCUCAGAAGCCGACUCCUGAUCAAUUCAAGCUGAAACCACCGGAGGAGCAUGGAGUGUCUCCGUAUCACAAUUCUACAGAGAACCAUUCGCAUGGAAGCUCUCAGAAUAUGCAGCACUCUUCAAGAAAGGUUUAUGAUGAGCAGCCUUCUAAAAAUCCUGACAAGAUGAUGCAGCAAAAUCUGCCGAAGGAAUACCAGAAAGCCCCUAACAAGGAUCCGUAUAAGAAUCAUCCCCAGAAGCCGUGUCAAUAUCAGCUCAGCGAUGAUGGUUCCCCAAAGCCAAAGAUGCUUUGUAAGAACACGGACGUGAUGGACUUUGACAAAGAUUUGAAAGGACUUGAUAAAAACUCAUCACACAAAUACAUGGAAUAUGCCCCUAAACUGUGUCAGAGUCCACCGCAUCAGACGAAUCAGAAUAUUUUUCAUAAGCACAAACAGGAGCAUUAUCAAAUGAUGUCACCGUCACGUCCGAAGGUCGGAAAACAGCAAGCUAAGCACAUCCAAUUGUCGCCUCCUCAUCAAUACAGUUGUCUACUUGAGCCGGAUAAGUGGGGCAGAGAGAUUGGUGGGGAACUUCUCGCUAAGAACUCGGACAUUCUUACAUCAACAUCCUUGAGCGAGAUCUCCGAGAAGAAUUGCGAAGAUUCCACUGUAAAACAAGAACGAUAUAACAAAUGCGGAAGGUGUAGUGACGAGAACGGCACGAACAGCACCUCCACGGGAUCGACAGUGUUCGGUGAACUGUCUGAUACUGUGGUCUCUCAUUUGAAGGACUAUUUGUGCGGGCUGUCCACAACUGACAAUGUUCACCCGCCCAAGAGCCAGUCUAAGGAUAGCCAAUGUACAAAUGCACCCAAGAAUUCAGCCAUAGAUAAUGUCCUGGAUACCAAGAAGCAGGAGUCAUAUCGAACCCAAAAGAAAGCAUCGUUCGGCAAAGGCAUACCCAAAGCUCAAGAAGUUCGAAUGCCGAAUGCCAGAGAAAAUUCCGGAGAGUUCCAGUCUAUGAGCACACUGUACAAGAGCAUGGAGUAUGUUCCUAAACAGGGUUUGCUUCAGUAUCCUACUCAGCGUACGUCUCAGGAUCUUAUCAAGGAGCAGACACAGAAGUCGUAUCGGCGCGCUUCGUAUCACAAGAACCAAAAGCAACAUUCCUAUCGUACCUUCAAGCUGGAGGCAAAACAGAACUCUCAACAGAAGCAGCCUCCAAAUCAGCAGAUCUCGGACUUUCCUCCAUUCGCAUGCUUCAGCGAUACGCCUAAGGAUGAUUCCGAAGAGUCUAAUUUCGAAGUGGAUAAGAAGACACUCAACAAGCUCAUGGAAGGUUCCCCAAAGGACAAACUCAAACACACACUGUCCGGUGACGAGCAUGAUGUGUUUUCCAUGGCUAGUAGCAACUCGGUAUCGACUUCGAUCAGUGCGAAGAGCGGGGACGAGCUGCGUGCCAUGAUCUGGCACGAGAUGAAAUUGCAGUCGGUGCUCGGUGAUCAAAAAUCCACGUCGUCAAAGCCGCGAUAUAAGGAUGUAGAAGAGAAUGUGUCCAUCUUUUUAAACUUGAGUCAGCCCAGAGAUGACGGAAAUCAGGAUAUCAAGGAAGCAAUGUCCAAACAUCCAAACAUCGCUUCCCUCCCGAAUUUGGCCAUAGAUGUUAAUGCGCCCACCACUGAUUCAAGUAAGGGAUCAAAAACAGAUGAGCUGCCACAAAUCAAGUGCAGUAUGAGUAUAGAUGAUUUAGUGAACUGCAAGGUCAUCACUCCCAUGAUCAUGAAGAUACACAACAGGUAUAUGACCUCUAUGCAGUAUGCGAUGCAGCUCAUGAAGUAUCUGGAGACGGUGCCGCGCCGUGUAGGUCAGAUUUACAAGGACAACAUCAAGUUGGAAAAGAGGAAACUCUAAAAAUGAUGAAAGUCA